CCGCCAGCCAAAGCAGCGCCAUGGCUGAUCAACAGCUACCGGAUGGCUUGUGGCCACACCACACUCCUGCCCCGAAACUCCCCAAAAUUCUAGCCCAGAUUUCGAAAUUUUUGGGCGAUUUGGGCUACUCGAAGACGGUCGCCAGCCUCGACAAGGACGCAGCGAAGAAUGGAGUCCCGAGGCCCAGCGAAUCUAAUGGGGCUGAAUCACUCAUGAACUACUACCAACCAACAACACCGCCGACCACGGGAGGAGCUACCGACGACUCCAGCGACUCGUCAAGCUCUGAUUCCGAAAGUGGAAGCGGGAGCGAGGACGACUCCGAGCGAGACGCCACAGAAGGUGUGCUUGUGGAUGUGGAGGCGGAAGAAACUAGUGAUGACGACGCGGAUGAGAAGAGCGAUUCGGAAAGCAGCAGUGGCUCUAGCGACUCAGACAGCGACAGCUCCUCUGUCAGCGAACCCAAAGCUGGCUCAAAACGCAAGCGUGUGGCGACUCCACCUUCCUCCGACGACAGUUCAUCUUCCAGCUCGAAUGAGUCCACGAGCGACUCAGACGACGGUGAUGCUCGACCCACCAAGAGGACGAAAGUCCACCCUGUUAUCUCUUCAUCAGACAGCGGUAGCGAGUCCUCGAGCAGCUCCGACAGCGAGUCUUCGAGCUCCGAUUCCGACUCCGACUCCGAACCGGUAUCAUCAUCUCCAAAGAAGGAGAAGAAGGUUAGGAAAGAACCAGUGAUUAAAGAGGAGAAGCCAGAUGCAUCUGUCCGAAAGGCAUUCGUAGCGAUCAGCCGAAAAGAAGCGAAGAAGGACGGUAGCCAGUCGUCAGCAACACUCGAUACUGAAUCUGCCGGCGAGACACCAGGAGAGAGUGAGGAGAACUCCGGCAUGCAUCCAGACCGGCUCAAACGAAUGCCCAAGCAGAAGACUGCUACCGCCAUCGUUGACGGCAAGAAGAAGCAAGUGCCUUUCUCCCGCAUCCCUACCGACCAAUACGUGGACCCACGCUUCGCCAGCAAUGAAUACGUCUCCAACGACUACGCCGAUCGAGCAUACCAGGACUUGGUGGUCACAAAGGGCAAGGGCUUCACGAAGGAGAAGAACAAGAAGAAGAGAGGCGCGUACCGUGGUGGAGCCAUCGACCUUACUCCGAAGGGCAUCAAAUUCGACGACUAGAUUCCUGCAUGGAGACCUGUAAUGGGGUUGGAAGCGACGCAGAUGCUGUACAGUUUUUCCUGAGCAUCUAGAUACCCAAAAGCAGCUUCGCGAAAGUUUUCCUUGAUCGU